GUUUUCUUUAGCAAGACAACCUUAAUAAAACCGCACACGAAAUCCGAAAAAAACCCAUCGUCAUCUUUUCAGAGGAGAGAGCUUUUCUAUUUUAUUUAUUCUGGUAGAGAAGAAGAAACCUAAGCCAGUUUUUUUUUUUUUAUCACAGAGUGCAAGGUUCCCGCGAAAAUUAUGGCACUACAAUUAGAUGGUGCUCUUGAAUUGUUGGACCCGAUAAUGAAAUUUCAAAACGCCGUUGAUAAGGCUAACGUAUAAAUGUAAGAAGCAGUGUAAGGAUAAACUGCGGUGGGAUGACAGGCUUAACUGUCUCCGAUACCCCUGCAUCACUAAAAAAGGGAAAAACUCCUUGAUGAGAUGUCUGAAAUUGUCAAGUUACUUCCUCGUUUCUGGUCAACUGCGUUAUUUGCUGACCACAGGAUUCUGAAAUACAUGAAUGAAGAAGAAAAAGAGAUAAUGUUAAAGUAUCUAAAGUCUGUGCAUGUUACCUAUCACGGAGAUGCGAAAACUGGGUUCGAAAUUACUUUUAGCUUUUAUGAAAAUCCGCACUUCAUAUAUUUAGUUCAGUCAAAGACAUUCUGGUUCACCCGUGAAGGAAUCUCUAGUGCAAGUGGUAGUCAAAUCGGGUGGACGACUGACAAGAUAAGAAAAUAUACCAUGGACACUGAGAUUUUUCCUGAAAUGGGGGGCACGCAGUUGCAUACCGACACGGCUAGCUUCUUUAAAUGGUUCGCCGAAGACUCACAAAGUUCUCGCGAUUUGUUGGCUGAAGAAAUUGUGCUGGAAUUUUGGCCUAAGGCACAUAAAUAUCAUCUCAUUGGGAAGAACAGGGAUACAGAAGUACAAAGGCGGGUGCUGACCGAACAUCAAAGUGCGAGGAAAAAUAUUAAACGUAAACGCGGAGGAGAGAAAUCGGAUGAGGGUGCUAUGUCUAAGUUAACGACAAUAAGUGCUAAGCUUCAAAAGGCUGAAGAGGAGGCUACCAAGUUAAGGUGCACAAGGGUAAUUGAAUAUGAAUUGAUGUUAGUGGAGGGAGAGAGGAAAGUGCACAAGGAGUGUGAAAGUUUGAGGAGACAGAUUUACGAUCAAAGGAAUGAAAUUAUCAAAAACAUUCCUCAUUUCUGGCUAAUUGCUUUUUUAAGUCAUUAUGCGCUUCACUAUCUGUUGAGUGAAGAAGAUCAGAAGAUAUUCAGAUUUAUUAAUUCUGUAAACGUUGAAGAGACUGAAGACAAUGAAGGUGUCAUAUCUGGAAUUUCGAUAAUAAUCCUUACUUUGAAAAUCGUUGUCUCAAAAAGACAAUAUCGUACACUGUUAUGAGUACUGAUCCACUAAAAGAAUACAGUGACGGUGAAGUGAAAAUUUGUGUAAGCGAUAUCCACUGGAAAGAUGGCAUGGACAUAACAACUGGAAGAAAGGACAUAACAACCGGAAAUGAACGAGGAUUUACCGACACUGGCACAAGCUUCUUUACCUGGUUCUCUGAUCGUAGAUGUGAUGCAAUGGAGGCUUAUGAUCAGGUCGCGGACUUAAUUAAGCAGGAUUUAUGGCCAGAUGCGGGCAGAUAUUUUGUCUAUGGAAAUUUAGAUGAUGGAAAGAAGGUUGACCUUGUGGCAGUCGACAAGGCAGCUCGGUUUACCUCGUCGCAACGCGCAUUCUUUAUAUAAAUUGGAAAUUAAACAUGUGCAGGAGUUCAGGAGUAUUGUACAACAUGUCUGGUGGUGCAGUAGUGGUGUCAGUUAGCUAAUUUGUAGGAGUUAGUAGUGGUCGUGGUGAUUGGUGAGUUGCUUAUGAGUGUCACUGCCCUGGUUAGUAGAAGUGGAUCAGAAUUAGGAGUUUGUUAUUUUCGAAUCUAUUUAAACUGAUGCUCAAUUUCAGUGAAUGUACUCAGAUUUAUGAUCUUUAAAAAGUGAGUAAUUCCUGAAUUGUUUAGAAGGAUCUUAUGUUUA